CUUGUGAGGCGACACUUUGUUUUACUCUAAUGCUUAGAAACAACGUAGCUGACUUUAGAUUAGUGAAAAUGAAAAACACAGCUACUUUUUGAACUUGAUUGCUUUUAAAUCGUUCAUCAAAGGAUUUUCUUUUCACAUAGAUAUAUCAAGACUGAAAAUUUAGUUCCUGUGUAAUUUACUUAAACAAGAAAAGAUGUUGUCCAACCUGUUUCACGCACAUGGGGAGUUGUGUGCCAGUCACCCAUGGGAAGUGCUCAUCACUACAGUAACCAUUACAAUUUCUCUCAUGUCUAUGAGCCUGUGGGCCAUCAACAGCAAAGUGUGUGGUUGGAAUUACAUCUGUCAGAAUGAAGAAGAAAUAAAGAGCUCUGACAUGAUUAUACUGUCUCUAACACGAUGUCUUGCAAUUGUAUACAUAUAUCUACAAUUUAGAAAUCUACGUAAAUUAGGAUCCAAAUAUCUCUUAGGACUAGCUGGUGUCUUUACAAUAUUUUCCAGUUUCAUUUUUAGUAUUGCUAUAGCAAACUUGAUUGGGUUUGACCUCAAUGGCCUCAAUGAAGCCCUGCCUUUUUUCCUGCUAUUGGUUGACCUGUCAAAAGCUAGUGCACUGGCCAGGUUCUCCCUGACAGCACUUAACCAAGAUGAACUACAGAAAAAUAUUGGUAGAGGCAUGGCUAUGAUAGGACCAUCAAUUACUUUAGAUGCUUUUGUGGAAACAUUAGCAAUUGGAGUGGGUACACUAUCUGGAGUUAAGCAACUAGAAACCAUGUGCUGCUUUGGUUGUCUGUCAGUGAUCACCAACUACCUGGCCUUCAUGACAUUUUACCCUGCCUGCCUCUCUCUUGUGCUGGAAAUAUCAAGAGAUAGGAAUCAAGGGAAGCCACUACAACAGCUUCAACAGUUAGCCAAAGUACUACAGAAAGAGGAAGAGGAGAAGAAACCCAACCCUGUAACACAGAGAGUAAAAAUCAUUAUGUCUGCUGGAUUGGUCCUUGUUCAUGCCCACAGUCAUUUGUUUGUUGGAGACAGCAGUGCUGCUGAAGGACACAGUAGUAGUGUGUCUGUAGACCAGCCCAUUGAUAAGCGUAUUCAUCCUGAGCUUCCUUUAUGGCAGUUUGUUGCUGGAAGAUUUUUGACAUUGAAUUUGGAAUACGGGUUGACUAUACUUCUGGCUGCUGCUCUGACAAUCAAGUAUGUCUUUUUUGAUGACAAGGUGGACCAGGAGGUUCAGAAGUUAUUGAAACAAGCUAGUCAUGAUAACCAACACCGGAUAUCUGACAAACCUGUAGAAAAACCUAAAGUAGCUGCCCUUGCUCCAGCACCAGAAGUAAAACCUGUCUUGACCCCUAGCAAGCCUGUAGCCAAAGAAGAACCAGUGAAGAAAGAUGAAGCUAAGCCAGCUUUUUUCUUGGGCUCUCAGGACAUGGAUGAAAACAGCAGCUCUGAGGAUGACAGCAAGGAAGACAACUCCAAGUCUCUACAUGAUAAAGACACUCAAACAGACUUGGAAACAGUACCUGAUUACAAGUCAGCUAAUGGAACUAUUGUUCCCUGGAGUCAAGCACACACAGAAAAUGACAAGCUGCCUCGAACUCUAGAAGAAUGUGUUGCCAUCAUGAACUCUGAUGUUGGACCUGCAGCUCUUACAGACGAGGAGAUCAAAAUGUUGGUGAAAUCUAAACACAUCCCUGCCUACAAACUGGAGAGUAUGUUGAGUGAUCAUACUAGAGGAGUUUCCAUCCGGCGUCAGAUGUUAAGUGCUGACCUAGUUUCUACAACCGCUUUAGAUAAGCUCCCAUUCAUGCACUAUGAUUAUAAAUAUGUUGAAGGAGCCUGCUGUGAAAAUGUGAUUGGCUACAUGCCUGUCCCUGUUGGUGUGGCUGGACCUUUGCUGCUGGAUGGUGUCCGCUACCAUGUUCCUAUGGCAACUACAGAGGGCUGUCUAGUUGCUAGCACUAACAGAGGAUGCAGGGCUUUAGAGCUUAGUGGUGGAGUCAGGAGUAGGAUAACCAAUGAUGGCAUGACCCGUGGCCCAGUUGUACGUUUCCCAUCAGCAGUAAGGGCAAGUGAAGUCAAGCAAUGGCUGGAGAACCAUGACAACUUUGAUUUAGUCAAAGAGUGCUUUGAUGCCACUAGCAGAUUUGCUCGCCUGAAGAAGCUUCAUGUGGCAAUAGCAGGAAGAAAUUUGUACAUUAGAUUUGUGUCAACAACUGGUGAUGCUAUGGGCAUGAACAUGCUGUCAAAGGGCUCAGAGAAGUCACUGAACAUGCUUGUGGAGAAGUUCCCUGAUAUGGAGAUCAUUAGUCUCAGUGGAAAUUUCUGCACUGACAAGAAGCCAGCUGCCAUUAACUGGAUUGAGGGUAGAGGCAAGUCUGUAGUUUGCGAAGCCAUUGUAAAGUCCCAUGUUGUAAAAAAUACACUGAAGACCACAGUAGCAGCAUUGAUUGAUCUGAAUGUUAGUAAAAACUUGAUUGGCUCUGCUAUGGCUGGCAGUAUAGGAGGAUUUAAUGCCCAUGCUUCUAACAUUGUUACAGCCAUAUUUAUUGCUGCUGGACAGGAUCCAGCACAGAAUAUAUCUAGCUCUAACUGCAUGGUACUCAUGGAACCAACUGGGCCAUUGCAUGAAGACCUGCAUAUCACUUGCACCAUGCCGUCCAUUGAAGUGGGAACUGUUGGUGGUGGAACUAUCCUACCUCCACAAGCUUCCUGUCUGGAGAUGCUUGGUGUGAAGGGCUCCAAUAAUGAGGCACCAGGAAGUAAUGCCUGCCGUCUGGCUCAGAUCAUCUGUGGCACAGUUCUAGCUGGUGAACUCUCUCUUAUGUCUGCCCUGGCUGCUGGCCAUUUGGUCCAGUCUCAUCUUAAACACAACAGAUCUACUCUCAACAUGGCCCCAACAGCAGUAAAGCCUGCAGACAUUCCUGUUUUAAAACAUGCUGCAACUGUUGCAGGAAUGUGCACCAGUAAAGCUUCAUAAGUGAACCAGUUUCUAGAGCCUAGCUAGAUUACUACAUUACAUACUUUAUACAGCUACAAUAGAGAACUAUUAGAAUAAAUGUUAUCAUCAUUAAUUUUAAAAAACAUGCAUUUUUAUGCUGGUUAUCAUUGCUUUUAAUUUUUCUAUAAAAAUAAUAUUAUUCUUUGGUUUUAUUUAAUAAUUCCAUCAAUUAUUAUUGUUUAUAUUUAUCUCAAGUAGCAAUUAAAAACCAAAGGAUUUCAAACUUAUAAAAUGUUUUCUUAAAAACAUCUAUAAAGUUUUAAAAUAAAUACCUUUAGAUUAACAACAGUAUCUAAAUAGCUAUCUUUAAAAAUGGUGUUUAUACAAGGUUUCAAACAAAAGUAAUCAACAGAGCAAAAAUAACAUGGCAGCUUUAUCAGUCAUUGUUUUAUGAGUAAGAUAAUAAUUCUGAACACUUGAGAUAUUUUGUUAGCUCUGACCACAAGCCUUCUAUGGGUACCACACUAUUUUAGUAAGUCAAGACCACACUUUUUUGUCUUCUCAUGAAGCUGAACUUGGAAUUUUUAAAAUUCAUACUUAAUUUUAUUUGUAUUCAUGAGCUAGCUGAAAUGUAAAAACUUAAGUUAAAUAUUAACCCUGCUAUACUGACGAGCUUUUGAUUGAUGUUUGAUUCUAAAAAAAGUAUACAUUUCAAAUUAUGUUCAGGUAUUAUUGUGUCUGUUGUGUUUAGCUAGAUUUAUAAAUUUAAUUUAACCACUUUUAUUUAUCAGUCACAUCAGCUUUAAAUCUGUUAUGUUUAAUGCAUGUUCUGAAUGUUUUCAAGUGAGAGAUUACUUGGGAUGGUUGAAGGUAUAAGAUGUUUGUGUCAAAGGGAUCUUUGGUCCAUCAAUUAGAACAGUUAUAGUGUUUUUACUACUAGUAUUUGUGUCUGUGAUUUACAAUUUUUAUUUAUAGAACAUAUAGGGCAUCAGCUAACCAUAUUUAAAUAAAGUUAUUUAAAAUUGUUGCCAUAUUUACUUUGAAAAUAGUUUUAAACUAGUAUUUAAAGAUCUUGAUUCCUGUCAACCUUACUUCCAACUGAAGAUUACAGCAGGCAACUAUAAAUGUGCAUUUCAAUAUCAUCUAUUUCUCCAAAAGUCUCAGCUCAUUGUUAGUAUCUUAAACUGCAUUCAUAACCAUAUAGAAAUACUGGUUCUCAUAUUUUAAACAAUCUACAAUUUUAUACCUCUACAUUAGAGUUUCAGAUAUAAAUAUUUGUAUUUACUAGAAAAUAAUUUUUUAAAUUGCUGAGUGAUUCUUCAUUUUGUUUAAUGCACAUAAAAUGUUUUACUGAUUUGCAUCAUGUUACCUACAAGCUAUGUAAAAAUGUUCAUAAAAUUUUUAAUUUUUUAAAUUGGUGAGUGUUGUUGAGCCUCUCUUGUUGCAUGAUGUCAUGUUUCAUAAUGUCAUGGGUGUGUAGCUUAUAUUGUGCUUUUUUAAACUACUUUAAGUUCAGAUUUUAAAACAAGCUGAGCUGUUUUUAUAUUUUUAUUCUACCUGUAUGGAACAUGAAAGAACAUAUGUUAAGGAAUAUAGAAGAACAUAGGUAAACAACAGCCCUGUUACAGUUCUAUAUUUAUAAGUAACACUAAGUUGGUGCAUUCUUUUAACACUGGCAUGUUUUUUUUUUUAAUAUCUUGACUCAACUGAUUGUGUAAACUUUUUGACCUGAAUUAAUUAAUCAAGAUCAACUAUGAAGUAUAAAAUCUGUUAUAAAAAGCAUACAUAUAGGGUAAACAAUAACAUUGUGAACAGAGCUGAUAAGCAAGUGAUGAGUUGUAUUUUCUCUGUGUGUGUGUUGUUAUUUUAUGAAACUUUCGUGGUGAACACACCACCUCUGGUGAGUUGUUACAAGAGAUUUGCAAUCAACCAUUUUGUCCAAAACUGAAAGCAAUCUGCUAUUGAUAGUGAUUAUUUAAAAAAAAAGUUCCAAGACUAAUGCUAGUCAACUGUAUUUUACUUAAGUACUGUACAUCUGUACUGAUUUGACUGUUUCCACUUAGUUUUACUUGUGCCAGGAUGGGAAAUAGUUCUACCAUCCCUAGUGUUAGCUAGUGUUUUUCUGUGAUAAUUGAAUCUCAAAUAGUCAGGUACCAAUAUGUAAUAGGACAACCAUCAGACGAUUCAUUAUUAGUUGUAUAUGCAUAACUUACUCAAGAAUAUUCACAAUACAUGUUAUUUGUAUCGGUUAGUGUAACAUUAUACCAGUCUGUAAUAUAAGUGCUUUAAAAUGCUUAACAACCUAAGACAUUAAUUGGACACAUUUGAAGAGUAUAAAGGACUGGUAAAAUAAGGGUAAAUAAAUUACCUUUGUUGUAAUUGUAUAGUAAAAUACGUCAUUGCCAAGUUUGAUCAAAAACAACUCAUGAAAUGAACUUUGUAAUCAAGACAAGAAAGGUGGAUAAAUUUUGACACCUGUUUGUGAUUUGUGUAUAAUUUAUGUUCACUGAAUUUUUUUCAGAGUCUGACUACUUUGGUUGUUUUUUUUUUAAAUCUAAACUGGUCACAUCAACAAAGACUCCUCUAUUUCAUCAAUCUAAAUUUUUAACAAGUUAUUGCAAGAACAAACUGCUAUAGUCAAUCUUUUUUAACUAGUUAUUUUUUUUUUUCUAACCAAUUGA